UUGCAGGUCAAAGGACGCAGAGAAGCAGUCUAAAGUUACAAGAGUUACCUAGAGCGAAUAACUGGGUCUCAGCCUUUCAGUAAAAUAGAGAAUGAGGAGAAAUUUGUUAAAGGUUUGGAAGGCAUUUGGAUUCCUGAAAGCGGGGAAUUCGCAGAAUAAGGAAACAAUGACAAGGGUUAAGAAUGAUGAUUGUGAUGCUACCACUAAUGGCCUCUCUGAUGAAUGUUACAAGUCUUGGAUGAUGGAACACCCAUCAGCAAUAACCUCGUUUGAUCAGAUGGUGAGCAAAGCAAAAGGGAAGUCCAUCGUUGUGUUUUUAGAUUAUGAUGGGACCCUCUCACCAAUAGUGGACGAUCCUGAUCUUGCUUUCAUGUCUGAUGAGAUGCGUUCCGCUGUACGUGAAAUCGCAAAAAACUUUCCAACCGCCAUUAUUAGUGGUCGAAGCCGAGAGAAGGUGUAUGAAUUUGUACAGUUAACAGAGGUAUACUAUGCUGGGAGCCAUGGGAUGGACAUAAUGGGUCCACCACACCAAGUUAAAUCCUGUGAUGCGCAGUACCAAAUCAAAGCCCUUGAUAAACAGGGCCAUGAAGUAAUCCUAUUCCAACCCGCUAAAGAUUUCUUGCCUGCAAUCCAAAAGAUAUCCAAUGUGUUGGAGGAAAAAACCCAGAAAAUAGAAGGUGCCCUGAUAGAAGAUAAUAGAUUUUGCAUUUCAGUGCAUUUUCGUAGAGUUCAUGAAAAGGACUAUGACACCUUGGAGGAGAAGGUGAAGUCUGUGGUUAAAAAUUAUCCCGAAUUUCGCCUGACAAGUGGUAAAAAGGUCAUGGAAAUUCGACCAUCCAUCAAAUGGGACAAAGGGUGUGCGUUGGAGUAUUUACUGGACACUCUAGGGUUCAGUGACUCGAGCGAUGUUCUCCCAUUGUACAUUGGAGAUGAUCGAACUGAUGAAGAUGCUUUUAAGGUUAUACGGAGGAGAGGAGAAGGGUAUCCGAUCAUUGUGUCGUCCACUCCAAAGGAAACCAAAGCUGCGUAUUCUCUCCGCGACCCAUCAGAGGUUUUAUCCUUCUUAACUCAUCUUGCAAAAUGGAGGAACUCAUUUUCUGGUCAUUCUGUUGAUUAGAGCUGGGUUUUAGGCGUUUACAAAAACAGGGGGAAAACAAAGAGAAAGAGUUUUGGCCCUUUUGGGGUCUUGUAGAUAGGGUUUAUAAGAAGGCUCAAUUAUAGAGAUAGGUGAAGGAAAUAUAUGUUUGGGGGAAAAGAAAAAAAAGGGUGGUGGGGUUCGAGUAGGUUUCAAUGUGUUAUUAUUUAUUAGGCGAUCCAUAUUUGUUUUGUGUAGUAUGAAAGCAUCCAUGUGUAUGUUUCAGCUUGUAGUUCAGUUUCUCAUGAAUGAGAGUACAUCUUAAUGUUUAGUGUUUAA